CGACUAUUCCUAGAGAAAGUCAUUACACCUUCCUUGCAAGACCCAAGAUCUCCAUCGGAAAACCGCCGUCAAUUUCCCGACGAGUUUCGAAACGUGCGCCCCAAAAACAGGAGGAAGAGAGAUGGGUGGAGCUCAGGCGUUGAAGAGAAUCCCUCGCAUCAAGUUCCCUCAGAGACACCCCAAGUCCACUGGAUCACAGCCUCAAACAACAUCAAAAGCUGGCAAUUCUGAUAUGACUUUCCUUCUUAGCUCAAAGGCUCCUGCUAGUGUUGGAGGGAAAGCUUCUCUUCAGCCUAAAAGAACACCUGUCCCUAAUGAGGAAAUUGAGGCUGUUCUGUUGGGAGGCUGCUUCUAAUCAUGCCCCGGAAUUUCAAGAAUGGAAGGCAAUCUGAUGGGUGGUUUGUCUGCUAAGUAUUUUUGUUGUCUUAAUAUUGAAACUUGAAUUUCUAAUGACAUUUCUAAUGAAUACUAAUCUCAGUGAAUAAACAUGGAAUCAUUGA